AUGUUGGGGAAGCUGCAUCACCCGAACGUAAUGGUUCCACUAGCUUAUGUGCUAUACUCUCAAGGAUUCUUGCUCUUCUAUGACUUUGCUCACACUCGUAGUACCCUUUACGACGUUCUACACAACCAUACCGGAGACGUGGUUGAUUGGAUGAGCAGGUACAGUAUAUCAGUUGGGAUAGCUCAGGGGAUCUCUUACUUGCAUGGAUCCAUAUCCAACGGUCGUGAACCAAUCUUCUUACCAGAUCUCUCUAGUAAGAAAAUAAUGCUCAAGUCGCUCAUUGAGCCUUUAGUAGGGGAUAUUGAAUUGUUUAAAGGAAUGGAUCCUUCCAAAAAGUAUGCUUACACAAUGAGGGUGACGACGGCUGGGAACGUCUACAGCUUUGGAGUGAUUCUUUUGGAGUUGUUAACUGGGAAGCCAGCCGUAAGCGAAGGAAGAGAAUUGGCUAAGUGGGUGAUGCAGAGACAUUGGAGCCAACAAGAGGAGUGCAACAACAUUCUUGAUCUUAGAGUGAGUAAGACAUCAACUGUAGCAACCAAGCAGAUGCUGCGUGUCCUUAGUAUUGCGCUUGCCUGCAUAAACAUCUCUCCUGGGGCAAGGCCAAAGAUGAAGUUUGUCCUACGGAUGCUCACAAGACUCUAA